AGAACAGAACAAUGGCUCAACCAGUCCCAGUCAGGCGCGUCGGCAUCGUCGGAUACGGCUCACUCGGCCAAUACCUCGCAGAUGCAGUGCUGCAACGCCCCGACCAACUCGAGCUGGCCUUCGUCUGGAAUCGCUCCAUCGACAAGCUCAAGGGCAAGGUGCCUGAGGCGGCAAUCCUCGCCAAUCUCGACGAGUUUGAGUCACGCAAGGCAGACCUCAUCGUCGAAGUCUCGCAUCCUGACAUUACGCAUGCUUACGGAGCUCGUUUCCUGAAGGCUGCCGACUACAUGGUCGGAUCUCCCACCGUAUUCGCAGACAGUCAUCUCGAGUCGCAACUGCGUGCAAUUGCCAUGUCGGCCGACAACACUCACGGCCUUUACAUUCCUGCAGGCGCGCUCUGGGGAGGAAAUGACAUCCAAAAGAUGGCCGAUCGAAAUACGCUCCAGAGCCUGACAAUCACGAUGAAGAAACACCCGCUCAGUUUCCAACUGCUCGGACAUCUCGUCGAAUUGAACAACGCGGCUCUGAAUGUGCAGGGCGAAAGCUUGCUCUAUGACGGACCCGUGCGUGCACUCUGCCCGUUGGCACCAAACAAUGUCAACACCAUGGCUGCAGCAGCGCUCGCCGGCCACAAUCUGGGCUUUGAUAAAGUUCGUGGUGUGCUGAUUGCUGAUCCUCGACUUGAGGGGCAUAUCGUCGAGAUUGAACUGACUGGACCCGGAGCCGCUCCCUCGCCUUUCUCCGUCAAAACCUCUCGCUACAAUCCAGCCGCUCCUGGUGCCGUGACUGGCAAUGCCACGUACGCAUCGUUCUUGAGCAGCAUGCUUCGCUCAAACGGUCAGGGCAAAGGCGUGCAUUUGUGCUAGUGAAACAAGAAAAACAAGUAAAAGAUGCGAGGAGUUUCUCGAACGUUUAGCGAGUUGUCAAUCGAAGAAAGGCAGCUUGAAUACAAGAUGGAUUGAUAGGGC